AUGCUUUCCUUUAUCCUAAUUCAGAACCGACAGGGCAAGACUCGUCUCGCGAAAUGGUACGCCCCUUUUAGCGACGAGCAAAAGAUCAAGCUCAAGGGCGAAGUCCAUCGCCUCGUCGCACCCCGCGAUCAGAAAUACCAGUCCAACUUUGUCGAGUUUCGCAACAACAAGAUCGUCUACCGCCGCUACGCCGGUCUUUUCUUCUGCGCCUGCGUCGACACAAACGAUAACGAGCUUGCCUACCUCGAGGCUAUUCACUUCUUCGUCGAGGUUCUCGAUGCCUUUUUCGGAAACGUUUGCGAGCUUGAUCUUGUUUUCAACUUCUACAAGGUCUAUGCGAUUCUCGACGAGGUCUUUCUGGCGGGCGAGAUUGAGGAGACGAGUAAACAGGUUGUGCUUACACGGUUGGAGCAUCUCGACAAGUUAGAAUAA